CAAAUCUCACUCUCACGGUCUCACCUUGCUCGCCCUCGCAUAUUUUAAGCAAGCUCGCACGGGUUGCUGCUGCUACCGGAGCAGCCAGCCAGGAGUUUAGAGCUAUUUUACUAUUCACACUACUGUACCAGCUAAAAGUUUGCUUCGUAUAUAGGCUCGUGCGCGCGGUUCUUGAUCCAUCCGAUGGCUGACGACGACGGUGCGCCCCGCGCGGAGCUGAUCGAGCCGGCCCCGGCCCCGGCGCUGCCGGCGGACCCCGUGACCGCGAGGAAGCCGCGGGGGCGUCCCCCGGGGUCCAAGAACAAGCCCAAGCCGCCGGUGGUGGUGACGCGGGAGAGCGUGGGCGCGAUGCGCCCCGUGGUGCUGGAGCUCGCGCCGGGCUGCGACGUGGCCGCCGCGGUGGCCGCGUUCGCGCGCCGCCGCCGCGUGGGCGUGUCCGUGCUCUGCGGGCGCGGGGCCGUCGCCGCCGUCCGGCUGCGCCUCGCGACCUCCCCGACGACGGCGUCCACGGUGACGCUGCACGGGCGGUUGGAGGUGCUGUCCCUGUCCGGGACCGUGCUGCCGUCCGAGGGGCCGGCCCCGGCGCCGCCGCCGUUCUCCGUGUCGCUGGCGGGGGCGGGCGGGCAGGUGAUCGGCGGGACGCUGGCCGGGGAGAUGACGGCCGCGGACGGGGUGGUGGUGGUGGCCGCUACGUUCGGGAGCGCCGAGGUGCACCGGCUGCCCGCGGGCGCUGGCGCGGAGGACGAGGACGGCGGCGGGGGCGGUGAGGAGGGGAGGCAUCCGCAUUCCCAGCUGCAGCAGCAGGCGGCGGCGGCGAGCGCAGUCGCCGACGUGGUGGGGCUGGGUGGCUACGGCGGUGGUGCUGGGACUGGGAGCGGCGGCGGCGGCGGCCAUGUGGAGCAGCUCGCCCAGGCGCCUGAUAUGGCGUCGUGGGCCCAGCCGGCAUCCAGUCACGGGCCGGCCCACCACCCUUUGCCCCAGUUCUAGGGGGCCAUGCAUGGGCAUGGUCACCGUUACCGUUGGCAUGCAUAUGCAUGGUCUUGCAAUGCAACGGCGGAAUCGUAAUGCUACGGAGGAGACGUUUCCGUUCUGCUGUGUAGAGUAGGCUAUAUAGGCCUAUAGUGAGCGGUGUAGUUGUUGGGGUGAUUGGUUGCGGUGGUUGUUAAUGCAGUCGGAAAGCUCAUCAGCAUUCAGCACUAUGAUCCUGUUAA